GUGUAAACAACAUGGCGUCUAAUUGACAGAAGACAGGUGCCCUUGCACGAUUGAAAUCAUGAAGAUGGAGCAAGAACAGGUUCAACUGAGGCUUUUUGAAAUAGGUCAACUUUCAGGUAACGGCUCAAAAUAUCACCAAGGUGACGACCUUCAAAAAGCUGUUGAAUGCUAUGAUAAAGCUUACAAAUUGGCAAGGGAGGUGAAUGAUGAUAAAACUGAGAGAACAUGUGCUUUUAAUCUUGGUGCUGCAUAUAUUGCAAUCGGAAAUCCCAAGGAGGGAUUAGAGUAUUUACAUAAAGCACACCCUCCAACUGGUCAGAAAGAUGAAAGUUCAAAUGGUGAUUUAUAUUUUAAUAUGGGACUUGGCCAUGAGAAGAUGAAUGAAGAGGAAAAAGUUGACAACAAUUCUAAAAAUGAGAAGAUAAAACAUGAUGAAGAAGCUCUUAAAUAUUUUAGAAAGGCACAUGAACAAUACAUGAAAUUUGAAAGAGACAAAACAGACCUGCAGAUUCAAUGUUUGGAAAAAUGUUUUCAAAUAUAUCACAAUUGGAAAGAUAAUUUACACAAGGCAGAGAUGUGCCAGAUAAUGGCAGAAGUUUAUAUUGGCACAGAUCAGUUAAGUCAAGCAGAAAAGCUUUGUGAAUGCGCCACACAUUUACGAAUUGCAGGUGAAAAAGAGAAGGCUGCUGCUCAAGCUAUGAAGUGUAAAGAAGUGAUAGAAGAUUGCAAAGCACAAGGUCAAGAUUGUAUUGUAGCAGGGAAGAUUUGGAAUGACCUUGGACUUGUGUUCACACAGUUACAGGAAUACUACAAGGCAACUUCCUGUUUUGAGAAAGCUGUUGAGCAGGUGCAGAGCAGUCAUGGAAGUAACCCACAGCUUGAGGCUGUUGUCUUACAAAAUCUUGGUGCUGCCUAUAAUUUUCAAGGAGACUACCAGAGGGCCAUCAAAUUUCACGAAGAUGCUGCUGCUAAAUAUGCAUCAAUUAACUACAGAAAUGGACAAGGUCAAUGUUUUACUAAUCUUGCCUUUGCGCUGAGUCAGCUUGGGGAUCGAGAAAUGAAACAGGCAGAAAUAGCAUUCCAUCAUGCUUUGCAAGCAUCAAUAGACACAGAUGACCAGCACAUGAAAUGGCAGGCACUAGAAGGUCUGGGGGCUGUUAACUACAACCAGGAUAAUGUCAAGGAAGCUGUUGACUUUUUCAUAAGGGCUUUGCAGUGUGUCGGCGAUAGUUACAAGGCAGCCAGUGAAAGGAUUAAGAACAAAAUGCUGCUUGCUUUGAAAAGGACCGAUUUAACAGAGGCCCCUUAUAGGGGUCAAGCUCAAAUGAUGUAUACGGGGACUCCUAUGUCAAACAGAAUGGAGAGGAGAGUAUUGAUGUCAACACAUGGUCCAGUUGAAGAGCACAAUAAGCUUAGCACUACACCAAGGUCACAGCUGGUAGAAUCACCCAUUGUGGCAGAACGGUUUGUACCUGCUGCGGGAGAACGGCCUGCUAUGGCUACUGUCCAAGACAUUGCUCCUCCAAGGCGUAUUGUCCAAAUGAGGAAGAAGGAUUCCAUUGGUCCACACCAUCCAAAAGUUGCUCUUGGUUUAGGUUCAUAUGACAGCCCAAGGUUUCAGCAAGAGAGACGAAGCACAGUGAUACAGGAAGAUACAUCGGAGGAUGAGACCAGCAGCAGUGAUUCUGACUCAAGUAGUGAAACAGAUUCAGGGGAAGAUCAGGCAGACCAAGCAAAUAAUCAACUUCAUCAGAUAUCAAUGGAGAAGAUGGAUAAAAUAUUUGAAAGACCAAAGACAGCUGAAAAAGAGAGAAAAGUGUCUAUUAAUCCCAUUGCAACGGAAAGGAAGAGACUGAGUCCUGGUGGGCCAGAUGAAGAGAGACAAUUAUCUUUGUAUGAGAAACAUAUCAGAGAAAAGGAAGAAAAUGAAGAUAACGAAGAAUCAGAGGAGGAAGAUAGUUCAGAUGAAUCUUCCUCAUCUGAUGAUAGUACAGAUAUAGAAUCAGGGCAGGAGGACCAGACAGAUGUCAAACAACCUUAUGCACCUCCACCUGUCCCAACACAAUCACCGCCAAACACGACUCUAGUAAGCAUGAAGCACCUUGGCACAUAUCUUACACCUGAACCACACACUGUUCAUACUGUAGCAGACGUACAUCAACAAUCUGAUUCUUCACACAGGGUCGCUAGGCAACCACCACAAAAAACUGCUGAGUCACCUCGUGAAAAGUCAUCAAGUGCUGAGGAUACUGAUAGUGAUGAUGAUGAUGAUAAAAAUGAUGAAAAAGAUCCAUAUGCGACAAUAGACACUGCCACAAAACUACGACAACCAGUCAGCGGACAAGGUAAUGACAUUCCUGCUGAGACUGGUUUUAAACGACAAAGGUCAGGUGAAGGUCGUAGAAGUGAAAAUUUCUUUGACAGUGACCAUUCUUCCUUAGAUCAUAAUGAAAAGAAAAACGAAGAAUACUCAGCAGGGGCAGAUACAGAAGAACCUUAUCACUCACUUAAGUAUGAACGUGAUGGCCAAACUGGUGAGGAGGGAGAAAGUAGUGCAAUGAAAUUCGAACAAUUACCUAGAGCUCAAAAGGAGGUGAUAAUGGCUCAGUACCAUCAUGAACACCAAGGUCAGAAUCAGGACCCUCCAGACCUACCACCCCGCUCAGACGAAAAAACAUCAAAAUCUUGUGUUAUAAUGUAACAGUAUGCCUGUAUGGAUAACAGAAUAAUUAAGACUUGUCAGCUUGUUGUUUGACAGGACUUUUUGUAGGAAAAGCUUAUACUAAUCUUAAGGACACUACUUUUUAAAUUUUGUCACCUUUAACAGAGGAACAUUUGUCAUUACUAGAAGCAUGCAAAAUGAAAAUCCUAGAAGUCACUGGACCUGAUCAAAGUCAUAGUGAAAGAUUGUCUUAUGAAGUAAAGGAUACAUGGAGACAUUUUAAGGAAAAGUCAUUGGAAAUUAAAGUCAUUAUGAUGCAAGACAGCUGAAGGCUACAGGCUAUAAUUGCCACACAAAGAAUUUUAGAUAGGUCAACUUUUUUAAGAAGAACCAUUUUGUGUCUAAUAAGAACAACAAGGUCGAAGGGUCAUACGAAUUUUUGCUAUAAUACACCAAAGGAGCAGCUUCAAUUCAUAAAAUGUCAUAUAUGAUGUCAAAUUCUACUGAAAACUCAUUUUUAAAGAUGUGUGAGUCGUAAGUUAUUUUAGACCAGAUUAAAUCGAGACUUGCUGACGACCUUGUCUAAUAAGAAAAAAUUAAGAAUUUUUCAACUGAGACAGAGAAUUCCCCUUAAAACCAGACCAAUGCUCAUCUCUUUAUUGCUUUAUUUUAGGUAUUUAGCAUACUAAAGAUCAUUACUUCUUUGAUACAUAGCUUCAACUAAUUUUCCAUCGUUUAUAUGACUGAAAAAUUGUUGAAAAGACGUUAAACCCGAACACACACACUCAACUAAUUUUGGUUUUAUGAAAAUUUAACCAUUCAUUUUGUGUAACACUUCAUGCUGUCAUAAUUAUAUGACUGAUACAGUCUGCUAUUUUGUUGACAGUAAUGGGUUUUGAGUUAAAUAGAAUUGUUGGAACUGUGAGAAAAUAAAGCUGCCAUACCAACUGAGUUGUCAAAAUAAGAAAAUUCCAUGUUUGGUUAAGAAUAUAUAAACAUCUUGUUAGAACCUUGUUUUGGACAAGGUAUAAACCUUGGGAUUAUGUAAUCCUUGACUUGGUAGGGUGUAAUAGAUUCAGUUAGUUCUAUACAAAAUGUUGUAAUUGUAUUUUUCUAGUAGUAGUGACUUAGCCUAGCAUUCAAUGUACUAUUGUUAUAUUUCAAAUUUCAGCACAUUUUUUUUCUCACACAUGCAAAGCCUUAUUUAUUACGAGAGUUUAAUAUUAUUUUCAAUGUGAAAUUGUGGUUUAUGUUUAGCAAAAAUGAUACAUGUAUAUUUGUUCUUUUAUAUAGUUAUUAGGUCGAUUGGUAGUGUAACUAAGGACACUGAAAAUAUGCACACAGACCUGUGACAAAUACAGAAUCUCAAAAUUUUUGUAAUAUAGUACAGAAUCGACUGCCACAAAAAAAAUUAAAAGUGCAUUCUAAUGCAUUUUUGAAGAGUUCAUUCCUUUUAAAAUUGCACUAGUAAAUUCUUUUAAAGUCUUACACACACUAAAUAAUUUGAUAUUGGAUUUGACUUGAGGUAUAUGAGGCACUUUUUGUGCAACUGUCUUGCAUAACAAAUCAAGCAUUUUAAUUACUUACUGCAAAAUCAUUUAGGCUCGUGGGCACAAAAUUUUAUGUUUUUUGUCAAAAGGGCUAUUUUGGGGGGAUAUGAAUUUGUGCAUUUUAACUUAUGAACAUAAAAUGAAUAGAAGUUUUUUAUUGGGAUUCCAUUUAAUGGACUGAUUUGACCACAAAAUCCAGAAAACUUAGUCACCUGUGAAUAUUAAUGAAUUUGCAGUAGAUUACCAGUGAUAUUUGACAUAUUUUGAUUCAAACUGCUUUUCUUGUCAAACAAGAUUCAGCCAAAUGUGUGACAUUUCCUUUAAGUUAUUGAACUACAUCGUAUGUUGAGAAAUUGUAAAUUAACAUUUGUAAAGUCCUUUAACUUUUACCUGAAAAUGUCUGUUUCUUUGUUAUUUGAUGAAUGUGUAGAUCUUCAUUGUGAGGCUUUGUAAAUCAUUGGACAGAAUGCAUGAACGAAAGUGUAAAAUUUCUGCCAAAAUGUUUGUUCACUAGAAAAUGAUAAUACUUGUAAAACCAUGUAAAAUUCAGUUUUUUCUCAGUGUUGACCAAAUGUAUUUCAUAUAUACAAAGGGGUUAAUAAAUGACUGCAGUAUGCAUUCUGGCCAUAUUGGCACAGUUAGUGAACUGCAUUAAUGGCCUUGGGCCUUUGUGAAACUAGAUGUUCCUUUAUUGCCCAGAUAACACACUGUAGCCAUUUAUUGACCUUUCAACUAUAUCCUUGGCUAUAUGAUGUUGGCGUCAGAACACGCAGAUUUUCUGCCAGGAACUGAAAAUACCCCAAAAACAUGUUACUUUGUGCAGUGUGCAAACAUCUUUGAGCAAGUCUUUCUAGAAUUUGUGUUAAUUUGGUGAAAAAUGUGUUUUUAUUUACAGUUAUGGUAUAAAUUUAUAAUAAUGCAAUAAUAAAAUAAUCUAGGAAUUGCUAACAAAACUGUCAUUCCUGAUUGUAUAGUGGGAACACGUUUAUUGUAGGACAUUAAGUCAUUUUGAUAGAAGGCACUUUAUGCAUUUACUAGUUUGUUUCAACAUGCUAUUAUUUUGUUUUAUUGAAAUUGAUUUUGUGUUACAAGAACAAAUAUUUCUGAUGUUUAAGAAAUAAUGUAUAGUAAAACCGUGUUUUAACGUUACUAAUACACGGAAGGAGGUUAUACGUCCUUGGAAUAAUUUCAUUUUUAUUAAGCUUUUUAAUUAGUUAAUCUACAUGUAAACAAAGCUUGGGAAUCCAUCAUGCAUGAACAAAAAUGUUGUUGUGACGUUCCCAAAGUCUAUUAAAUGAAAUUGUUGUAAUUUUUGAUAUCAACCAUAAUGUUAGUAGUUGUUUAUUUUUUGUAAAAUACUUCUAAGUAUACUGAGGGAUGUAAUGGAAGGAUCAUUACAUCAGUAGAUUGAUCUGGAGUGUUGUAUUUGGCUUUCAUAUGUUUUACCAUACAGGAUCACACUUGGCGCUUGUGUGCUUCCUGAUCCAGGUCUGGCAAAAUUGACUCAUGUCAUACAAUCUCCAAGGUCAAGCUACCAUUGUAAUAAUCCUAUUUAUUUUUUAAAUGAAUUUCUGUCUACAAAGGCAGUUUUAUUAACAUUGUAAUAUGAAAUAUAAAUUUCUACGACAAUUUUGACUUUCUUCAAGUUACUAAUCCUUUAGAUCAUAGUAGAAAAGGCAAGUUUAAAACUCGAUUGGAUAUAGUGGAAAAGUGUUUUGGUGUUUGUUAGAAGUGAGUCAUGAAGAAAUCUACUGAUUAAACACUUAAAACUUGCAGUAAUCAGUUUAAAUAACAAGUGUCAUCUACUGUAAAACAUCAUAUUAAUUCAAAAGCCGAUGGAAACUCAUGUAACAUUACAUUACAUGUAGCAUAACAUUAACUGUAACAUAACAUCACAUGAUACUGUUGUUGUUCUACGCCCAUAUGAUAAUUUAAUCUUUUUGAUGGCAAGAAAUUGCUGAUAUAUCUGCAUUGUUAUCUUAACUUCAAACUUUGUUUGAAUGUUUCAAACACUAUAAAUGUUAUUAAGAUCAUUGUGGUGAAUCAUUGUUGUGAAAGUCUGUAGACUUUGUGAUAUUGUUAGACCUUUUUAUAGUUUUUUUCUGUGAUAUGAAAUAGACAUUUUCUAUAUAUACUGUUUAUAUUGUGAUAUAUAUUUUCAAAUUAGUAUAGAAUCUACAUUCAAUUGUUGCCAUCUUUUUUUUUAUUUUAUAAUAGCCAUGUCAUGUCUUUGUAAUGGCAUAUUUAAAAUUCACGUAUUAUCAACAAAUAUAGAAUUCAGUGUUAAAUACAAUCAUUGGAAGAAUGAAAACUGAGUGAAAUAAUGAUAUGCUUCAGAAUGACAAGCAUAAUUUAUUCUGUGGAAGUUCCAUGGACAAUUACUGUUUGGGAUAUUAUAAUAGUUUAGUUCCAAUCUUUAUUAUAUAGAAAAAAAAAUGCCUGUUCUGUUUCAUUAUCAUGGUUUGCAGGUAUAGCAUUGAUUUACUAUGACAUCAGACAUUGAUUUUAUGGCAAAAUAAUAUUAAACUUUUAUUUUAACCUUCUUAAAUGAGUAGGGAAAAUAUAGGUUGUGUUAGAAUUUAUUUUGGUGUAAAUUUGUGCAAGACUGCUUUUAUAUGGAUAUGAUGCAAAAUUUAUGAUUGAAUAGAACAUUAAAUAUGAACACUCUAAAAGGUAAGAAAUGGAAAUGGCAGACUUCUGAUUUGCUGUAGGUUUUUAACAAUACAAUAUAUAUACAUAAAAAUGCUGAAAGUUUGUAAGGGAUAUAUAUUAGCAUUUCUUAAGGAAGAGGACUUUUAAUGAUACUUAGAAAUUUCCAUGUGAUUAUGUAUUACUUGGCAAUUUCCAUGUGGUUAUAUAUUACUUGGCAAUUUCCAUGUGAUUAUAUAUUACUUGGCAAUUUCCAUGUGAUAAUGUAUUACUUGGCAAUUUCUAUGUCAUAAUGUAUUACUUGGCAAUUUCCGUGUGAUAAGGUAUUACCUGGCAAUUUCCAUGUGAUAAUGUAUUACUUGGCAAUUUCCAUGUGACAAUGUAUUACUCAAGGUAAUUUCCAUGUGAUUAUGUAUUACUUGGCAAUUUCCAUGUGAUAAUGUAUUACUUGUAUUGCUCAAGGUAAUUUCCAUGUUAUAAUGAAUUACUCAAGGUAAUUUCCAUGUGAUAAUGUAUUACUUGGCAAUUUCCAUGUGAUAAUGUAUUACUUGGCAAUUUCCAUGUGAUAAUGUAUUACUUGGCAAUUUCCAUGCAAUAAUAUAUUACUUGGCAAUUUCCAUGUGAUAAUGUAUUACUUGGCAAUUUCCAUGUGAUAAUGUAUUCUCAUUGGGCAGUUUGGCAUUUUCUGGAAGUAAAUGUAGCUGAACACCUUCAUGGUUUUUGGUACAACAUGGUCAAUGCCAAAAUCAUAUAAGAGAAAAUGUAACUUGCCAUUUGUCAUGCAGGUCCGCUACCCUGAUUAAGUUACAAUGAUGGAGAAUGUUGGUCAUUUUCUUUUAUAUCACUUAUAUUAAACAUCUGUAGGUAAGAAUACUUAAUCUGUGUUUUAUAGUGAAAACAAAAAUUUUGAACAUUGUAAUCUUUUGAAAGAAUGUGGAAGAAAUUGAGUACUCUGAGUAAAAUUUAUAAGUAGAGAAUUAGGGCUUUCUGUAUUUGAAAGUAAACUAAUAAAUAUUAACGCUUUGAUAAUUUUCACUACAUUUUAAAUACCUUACUUUUUUUUCUAUUAUAUCAAAUAAACUGUAAUCCUGAAGGUUUUAUCUUUUCUUUAACAUUUUUGUUUACAUUCAGAAAAAAGAUAUUUAAAUAUGAAAACUGUGUAUUUUAAAUGUUUAAAACUGCAGGUAGCUUGUUAGAAAUUUUGUUGAGUAAAAUUUCAACUUUCCUGCUGUUUCAGAUUAGAACAUAUUGCUUUUUGAAAUAUUUAAAUAUUCUAAAUGCACUGAGUUUGAAAACCUUUAUGUUUUUGUUCAAAAGGCUCAAUGGCUAUUUACUGGAAAUAAACUGUAGAAAGAAAUGA